AUGUCAACUAGUGCCUUCGUCAAGAAAUUGGCAUCGAACGAUCGUCCAACUAGAGACGCAGCCUUUGAAUCGUUGAAGAAAUAUCUCUCUUCCAAGCUGAACUCCAAAACACUCACAUUAUUAGACUUAGAAAAGUUAUGGAGAGGUCUCUACUUUUCAAUGUGGUUCUGCGAUAGACCAUUACCUCAACAAAAGUUAGCUGAAAAGUUAGGAGAAUUGUUCUCUACUGUAGUUCCAGCUAAUCAAUUUAAUAACUUCGUAGAAGCCUUCUGGGUUGUAAUGAACAUUGAAUGGCCAAAUAUAGAUCAAUGGAGAAUAGAUAAAUUCUACAUGUUGAUUAGAAGAGUGGUGAGACACUGUUUCAUUUAUUUGAAAAAUUCCAACUGGGAAGAACAAAAGAUAAAGGAGUACAACGCAAUUUUGAGAAAGUUACCAUUGAGUGGAGAUAAAUCUGUAAGUGUUGCCCUUCCAUACCAUUUAUGUGAUAUUUACAUUGAUGAAAUUGAAGUUGUGAUAUUCGAAAGUGUGGAAGAGGAUGAUGAAGAGGAGGAAGAAAAUGAAGAAGUAAGUGCUAAAAAGCUAGCAAUUGUAGAAGAAACACCCAUUACGACCUUACUUGAACCAUUUGCAGAAUUGCAAAAGCAAGCAUUAUUGAAAACUUUAAGGGAAAAAUGUAAAGAAGAAGUUUUGGAAGACUCGAGAUUGAAGACAUGGGGACUUGUAGAAAAUGAAGAGAGCGAUGAGAGCGAAGGUGAAGAUGGUGAAAAAGGAGAAGAAAGUGAGAGUGACGACGAAUGGAACGGAUUUGCAUAA